AUGUUGGAGAAGUGUUUCGGUGACAAUGCUUUGAAACUAACAACAGUUCGCGAGUGGCAUGGACGGUUCAAAAGUGGCCGUAAUUCCAUCAACUAUGAUGACCGUUCUGGCAGGCCAUCCACUUCGAAAACGGACGAAAACAUCGGCAAAAUCAAAGACUGGAUGGCCAUAAACCGCAAAUUGACUAUUAGGGAGAUGGCAGAGGAGUUGGACAUUGCUUUUGGAACCGUUCAAGAUAUUUUGGCUAAUGAUUUGGGUUUCAGACGCGUCGCUGCAAACAGUCGAGAUGAGAUCAUCGAAAAAUCGAAGAUGGCUCUGAUGGCCAUACCGCGAGCUGACUUUAAAAAGUGUUUUGAGGAUUGGAUCAAGCGCUGGCAUAAGUGCGUUGCAGUCUAUGGGGAGUACUUUGAAGGGGACAAUAUUGAUUUUGAUGAAUAA